GAAUUGGUCAAUGUAGAUUUUGAUUUCUUCGAUCUCAACCCAGAAGUCGAUUUCCAUGCUACCAAAAACUUCUUAAGACAACUUUUUGGAGACGAUGCUGGCUCUUUCGACAUUCUGGGACUUGCUAACUUGGUUUUGGCAGAAAACUCGGUGGGUACCACUAUAAAAACUGACGGAAAGGAAUCAGAUCCUUUUGCUCUUCUUUCAGUGAUAAACUUAUCUGACAACUUGGCCAACUCCAGCAUUAAAAAAGUUACAGACUACAUUCUAAAGAAGACCAGCAAACAGCUUGAGUUCAACUUGAUGUUGAAGAAGUUGUUCCAAUCAGGAAAGAGCACCAAAGACUCUUCAAAGCAAUUGAAGGUAGGCUUGAUUGUAAGCGAAAGAAUGAUCAAUAUGCCUGUAGAAGUCGUUCCUCCAAUGUACAAGAUGCUUGUCGAAGAAAUGGCCAAAGCUGACGAUGCUCACGAGAAGUACGAGUUUGACUACUUUUUGAUCAUCUCCAAAGUGUACCAAUUGGUUAACGCUACUAUAGAAGACGAUGACGACAAGCAAAAGUCCAAGAAGAAGAAGCCUGCCGCAGAGGAACAGGUUGAGAUGGACUACUUCCAUUACGAAGACAUGGUUUUGGAACAGAACUCAGCAUACAAGGGAGUAUAUGCUUACACCGAAAUCAAACAGGAGACGGACUCAAGAAGAGUGUUUACUGAAUAUGGUAUUGAUCCCAAGUUGAGCUUGAUGUUGCUUGAAAAGGAUAAGUUGGCAGCUUGUGUUCCUUUGAUGGAGGAGCAGUUCCCACCUUUCUAA